GCUGCCGAGAGUCCGGCCCGCUCCCGCUGCUGGCGGUCCCGGCGUCGCGAGUUCCCGCUCUCCCGCCCCCUCCUUCCCACCCUCCGAGCCGGCUCCGCGCUCUCCUCGGCUUCCCGCUCCCUGCCCACGGCCCCGGCGCGGCAGCCCUAUGGCGUACAGUCAGGGCGGCGGCAAGAAGAAAGUCUGCUAUUAUUACGACGUGGACAAGGCAGAGCAUAUUGAAGGAUGUGAAAGAAAAGUAAAAAGUUCAAGAAGGUGAUAUUGGAAACUAUUACUAUGGACAAGGACAUCCAAUGAAACCUCACAGAAUCCGAAUGACUCACAACUUGCUGCUAAACUAUGGCUUAUACAGAAAAAUGGAAAUUUAUCGACCCCACAAAGCAACUGCUGAGGAAAUGACCAAGUACCAUAGUGAUGAAUACAUCAAAUUUCUCCGAUCAAUAAGGCCUGACAAUAUGUCUGAGUACAGCAAGCAAAUGCAGAGAUUUAAUGUUGGAGAAGAUUGUCCUGUAUUUGAUGGCCUGUUUGAGUUUUGUCAGCUGUCAACUGGAGGCUCUGUUGCUGGGGCAGUAAAAUUGAACAGACAACAAACAGACAUGGCUGUCAAUUGGGCUGGGGGACUUCACCAUGCCAAGAAAUCGGAGGCAUCUGGUUUCUGUUAUGUCAAUGAUAUUGUGCUUGCCAUCCUUGAGUUACUGAAGUAUCACCAAAGAGUGUUGUAUAUUGAUAUUGAUAUCCAUCAUGGUGAUGGUGUUGAAGAAGCAUUUUAUACCACAGAUCGUGUCAUGACAGUAUCAUUCCAUAAGUAUGGUGAAUAUUUUCCAGGCACAGGGGACCUUAGGGACAUUGGUGCUGGAAAAGGCAAAUACUAUGCUGUCAACUUUCCAAUGAGGGAUGGUAUAGAUGAUGAAUCAUAUGGACAGAUAUUCAAACCAAUUAUAUCUAAAGUAAUGGAGAUGUACCAGCCCAGUGCUGUGGUAUUGCAGUGUGGAGCGGAUUCACUGUCUGGGGACAGACUGGGAUGCUUUAAUCUUACUGUUAAAGGUCAUGCUAAAUGUGUGGAAGUUGUAAAGACUUUUAACUUGCCAUUGCUGAUGUUAGGAGGAGGAGGCUACACAAUUCGUAAUGUGGCUCGAUGCUGGACAUAUGAAACUGCUGUUGCCUUAGAUUGUGAAAUUCCUAAUGAGUUGCCAUACAAUGACUACUUUGAGUAUUUUGGACCAGACUUCAAGCUUCAUAUUAGUCCUUCAAAUAUGACUAAUCAGAAUACACCAGAAUAUAUGGAGAAGAUCAAGCAACGCUUAUUUGAGAAUUUGCGCAUGUUACCUCAUGCACCAGGUGUACAGAUGCAGGCCAUUCCUGAAGAUGCUGUUCAUGAAGACAGUGGAGAUGAGGAUGGAGAAGAUCCAGACAAACGCAUUUCUAUUCGAGCAUCUGAUAAGCGCAUAGCCUGUGAUGAAGAGUUUUCAGAUUCUGAAGAUGAAGGGGAAGGUGGACGACGAAACGUUGCAGAUCAUAAGAAAGGAGCAAAGAAAGCCAGAAUAGAAGAAGACAAAAAAGAGACUGAGGAUAAAAAAGCAGAUGUUAAGGAGGAGGAUAAAGCCAAGGACAGCAGUGGUGAAAAGACAGACACCAAAGGAGCAAAAUCAGAACAGCUCAGCAACCCUUGAACAAAAGAUAGCCUCUCAUCAGUUGCAGAACAUAAUACUAGAGUCUGAGAAUACCUAAAAGGAGAAAAGUUUUCGUAUGGAGAGAGACUGCUGAUUUCAUUUUGUACUAUUUGGCAUGGACUGUAUUUAUUUUCAAACGGCUUUGUUCUGUUUUUUGGCAAGUUGUAUUGUGAGUUUUCUAAUUAUGAGGCAGAAAUUCCUUUCUUCACCAUGCUUUAUGUAAUAGUAUUUAAAAAUGGAUGUGAGUUAUUAUGUUAAAUGUCUAAACUGAUCUAUUAAAGUAAUUUGCCUUUCCUGAGCUGAUUUUACCUUUUUUGUAAUUUUAUCUUUAUUAAAAAAAAAAAAAAAUCGCA